AUGGCCCAUAAUGGCAUUGUGCGGAGUCAUCGGCUGAGCAGGUUGCUUCGCAAGCAUCGGACCCGUCAGGACGAUGGGGUGGAGCAGGCUGCCCACCAAUCCGGAGAUUUACCAUCCAGACAGCCUGUUCCUCAGAGUUCGAUGGUGUCCAGCCCAGAAGAUGUAUCUCUGGGUCCCAGUCAGCAGACCGAUAUUCCCACAGAAGUCGCGCAGGAUCAUUUGGAACUCGCUCUGGAGAAGCGCCAGCAGUCUCCAAACUCGGUGGGAUCGCAAACCGCCAUACCUACGUCCUUGAUCAACGACUCAGCUCCGUCCGUGCCACUAGACACAACGGUGCCCCAGCCUACGUCGACAUUAGAUCCUGGUCUAAAUCAACCAACCGGCUCCAAUCCUCCUGCUGACACAACUUCGGUGGCUGUGCCAGCAACCUCAUCAUUGGAUGAACGCCCAACACCGUCACCUGCCCUCCCUUCUCUCACUGCAGAUACGCCAACCGUGACUAGCGUCUAUGCUGCAACGGUUAUACCCACCGUGUCCGUUUCGUUGUCUUUAGAUGUCACGGCUGCGACAUCCAUCUCGAUCCAGACAUCAAAUUCGCUCAUUAAUCCUGUGACUAGCGCUCAGUCAUCCGUCCUGGUAUUAAGCUCGCGGCCUUCGAGUAUCGUUCUUUCGAGCUCGACGCCAACCUCCCGUCCGAAGACCACAGCGUCCACAAGCUCUAGCUCGAACUCGAGCUCAAGUGUGAGCACCAGCACGAAUACGGACAGCACUACGACAAGCACUACGAUAAGCACUACGACAGGCACUACGACAGGCACCUCUUGGAGCGACUUAUCGGAGGCCACUGCCACAGGCGAGUGGUACGGCACCGGUACCGCAUAUCUGGGAGGCGGAGGCUACAGCGCAACCGGGACGGGCGAGGCUCCUGCGGCCAGCACAGAUUCAUCUUCGUCACCCGGUGGUGGCGGCCUGGACAGUGUCACGACCAAACGCAUUGUGGGCGGUGUUGUUGGAGGCCUGGCCGGUGCCUUUUCCUUGCUUGCUCUUCUUCUGUUCAUGCUGCGACGGCGCAAAACCGCCAUGUUCCGGCCCAACCGAGGACUCACUCCCCGUGAGGGGAGUGGUGGCCCCGUCGGUGAAGGCGGAUCCGUUUCCCGCGCCGAGAUGGCAUCGCGGCGCUCGAGCCGGGACCCCCUCUGGACGGCCUCAUACUUUGCUCCCGCCUUUGUGAAGCGAUGGCGGCAGUCGAAUCAGACCGUUGCAUCGGACGAUAGUACCUUUACGUCCACAACCAGCGAGCGUGGGUUCCAGAAGAUCUCGGGCCGCAAGAUCCCCUCUGUGCUGCAGUCUGGAGGGGAUGGUUAUGGCGGCGGAUUCGAUCAAGGGUCUCCUACCACAUCGGAACCCAGCAUGAAUUUCCAAUCGGGGUCCCCUGUACAGCCUCGAUCCCCUAUUUCCCAACCUCCCCCCUCGAUGCCGUACGGCAUGCCGCUGGAUGUGAGUUAUACGCGAGAGACGGACGAGCCGGACUCGGUGGUGGUCUUCCGACCCUCCCCGGCUCGCACACCGGUUGCCAGCUCGACCAACGUCAGCAUGGUCGCGGUCCCGGCCGCCUCCCGUGCUGUCCCGCAACCUCUGGGCGCCUUAUCGCCCACCAGACCACAGCGACCUGACGUUCUGGGUCGCAGUCAUCCGAGCUUUGACGGCAGCCGGGGGAGCCGCUUCACCGAAAGUCUCGACGGUCUGUGA